AUGACCGCUCCUCCAGAGAAUCUUCUUCCACUUCCUCUUGAUGAUUUAUUCGACCAGAUCAAGAAGAGGGCAUAUGAAUCCCCAGAUAAGCAGAAGCUCAUCACAACCGAGUUAGAAAAAUUACUCAAAAAAGUAAAUAAAUUAGAUACAGGAAUAUACGUUGACGAAGUUGCCAACAAAGAAAUCCUCGCUCAAAUGCAAGAAAAGCUCAAACCAUAUGUAUCCAAAGAUAUGAAAAUCGUCGAAUUAAGAAAAUUAGGUCAGCUCGUUGCCCAAAAAUCAGGCGUUCCGAUUACUGAAUCUGAAAAGAAGAAGGUGAAUUUGUUGUAUUGGUUCCAUAUGCAUUGGGGAACACUCAAGGUCUGGUUAGAUAAUAUCCAAUAUGAUCAAAGUCGCGAUAUGCAGAGAGAAGCUAAUCCUUAUCAGUAA